UUUAUCAGGUCGAUUUUACAUCACAUCAUCACCCAAAAAGAUAACCAGAUUUCCAGCUCCCAAAAUCAUUUUUGAUGAAACCCCACCACGAGAGUAUUGGGAAUCAAUUCGAAGUCAAUAUUGGAAUUCACUUUCACCACAAACCCGAGCAAUCUUUACGUGGCCACCAUCAGGAGAAAUUCCCAAGAGUGAUAAAGAUGCAUUUAAAUGUUUGAAAUUAGAUUCAAUGUUAAAUGAAUUAAAUAAUUAUUCCGGUGGAGACUUUGGGCUUAUCGGCCUCGCUGUUAUGGGUCAAAAUCUUAUUCUCAACAUUAACGAUCAUGGUUAUACUGUAGUUGCUUAUAAUAGAACUGUAUCUAAAGUAGAACAUUUCUUGGCUAAUGAAGCUAAAGGCACAAAUAUAAUCGGUGCUCAUUCAAUUGAAGAUUUAGUUCGUAACCUUAAACGACCAAGAAAAAUUAUGCUUUUGGUCAAAGCAGGUUCUGCCGUUGAUGAUUUUAUUGAACAAAUUAUUCCCCAUUUAGAUCAAAAUGAUAUUAUUAUUGAUGGUGGAAAUUCACAUUUUCCUGAUACUAUUAGAAGAUGUAAUUAUUUGGAAGGAAAAGGUUUUAUGUUCAUUGGAUGCGGUGUUUCUGGAGGAGAAGAUGGUGCUCGUUAUGGUCCUUCUCUUAUGCCUGGUGGUACCCCCGCUGCGUGGGAACACGUGCGUCCAAUUUUUCAAUCCAUUGCAGCCAAAGUUAAUGGAGAACCUUGUUGUGAUUGGGUCGGUGAAACCGGUUCAGGACAUUAUGUCAAAAUGGUUCAUAAUGGUAUUGAAUAUGGAGAUAUGCAACUCAUUUGUGAAGCCUAUCAUUUAUUAACUGAAGCACUUGACCUUACACACGAUGAAAUUGGUGAUGUUUUUGAGGAAUGGAAUAAGAAAGAACUUGAUUCAUUCUUGAUUGAAAUAACUAAAAAUAUUGUAAGAUAUAAGGAUGUGGAUGGUAACCCUUUGGUAUUAAAAAUUAAGGAUACCGCUGGUCAGAAAGGAACCGGAAAAUGGACAGCUAUAUCUUCACUUGAUCUUGGUAUGCCCGUUACACUUAUAGGUGAAGCAGUUUUUGCUCGUGCACUCUCGGCUUUGAAGAAUGAACGUGUUAAUGCUAGUAAAAUCUUAAAAGGUCCUAAUAGCUCUAAAUACACCGGUGACAAGAAAGUUUUUAUUGAACAAUUGGGGCAAGCAUUAUAUGCCGCAAAAUUGAUUUCAUAUGCUCAAGGUUUCAUGCUUAUGCGUGAAGCUGCUAAAGAUAAUAAAUGGAAUUUGAAUAAUGCCGGAAUUGCUUUAAUGUGGCGAGCUCAAGGUUCUUGGCGUCAAAUUGUUUCCAAUUCUGUAUUACUUGGAAUCCCCACUCCAGCAUUAUCAACUGCAUUAUCAUUUUAUGAUGGUUAUAGACAUGAAAAAUUACCUGCUAAUUUACUUCAAGCUAUGAGAGAUUAUUUCGGUGCUCACACUUUCCAAUAUCUUGAUGAAUGUACUGAUGAAACACAUCCAAAAGAUACUUUUGUUCAUACCAAUUGGACUGGUCAUGGUGGUGCCGUGUAUUCAACCUCAUAUCAAGCUUAA